AUGGCUAGGGAUUUACAAGAAGAUGAGUGCUAUGUUGCAUUAACGCACGACUAUCUCGACGUCAAGUCCACGAUGGACCGUGUCCGAAGCCCGAAAGCCGGGGCUAUUGUGCUCUUCGCUGGGACUACUCGUGACAACUUUGAUGGAAAACCUGUCAAAGAGCUUCAGUAUACUUCGUACGAGCCCCGUGCUCUUCAAAGCAUGCUCAAGAUCUGCAAGGACGUCAAGGAGAAGCAUUCUCUGACCUCAAUCGCUAUGAUACACCGAUUGGGUGUCGUGCCUAUUGCUGAAGAGAGCAUAUUGAUUGCAGUCUCGUCUCCUCAUCGGCAGGCUGCUUGGAGAGCUGGGGAAGAAGCAUUGGAAGAAUGCAAAGAGAAAGUUGAAGUCUGGAAAAGGGAAGAGUUUGGUGGCGAGGAAGGUGGGAUCUGGAGGGCAAACCGGGACGGAGCGGUCGGAGUAAGGAUUGACGGAGACCAAGAAGAAGAUGAAAAUGAACCACCGGCUGGACCUCAAGGACCGAUUCUAAGACCUGGACGUCCUGGUGAACGAGGUCAUGGGCCUGUGGUAAACACGAACACGCUGAACGACUAA